GGCUGUGUCCCCCCAGGCUGGGCAGAGGCGCCCUGGGAGCAGAAUGAGAGCAUGGCCGGCCUGCCCUGCAUCCCGGGCCCCGAGCUCCUGCGCCCCUUCACCCCGGCCUCGCUGGCGGCCAUCGAGCGGCGCAGGGCCGAGGCCGAGGCGCUCCGCAUAAGGAGGCAGCAGGUGGAGCUGCCCGAGGAGGAGGAGAUCAAGCCCAGCAGCGACCUGGAGGCUGGCAAGAACCUGCCCCUCAUCUACGGCGACCCACCCCUGGAGCUCAUUGGGACCCCCCUGGAGGACCUGGACCCUUUUUACAAGGACAAGAAGACCUUCAUAGUCCUCAACAAAGGCAAAGCCAUCUUCCGCUUCUCGGCCACCCCUGCCCUCUACCUGCUGGGUCCCUUCCACCCCAUCCGCAGAGGAGCCAUCAGGGUGCUGAUCCACUCAUAUCCUUGGUUUAAAUUGUUCAGCAUGUUCAUCAUGAUCACCAUCCUCACCAACUGCGUGUUCAUGACGCUCAGCAACCCCCCAGCGUGGUCCAAGAACGUGGAGUACACCUUCACUGGGAUAUACACCUUUGAGUCGCUCAUCAAGGUGCUGUCCAGAGGCUUCUGCAUCGACGACUUCACAUUCCUGCGCGACCCGUGGAACUGGCUGGACUUCAUGGUCAUCUCCAUGGCCUACAUCACCGAGUUCGUGGACCUGGGGAACAUCUCUGCUCUCAGGACCUUCCGCGUCCUCCGCGCCUUGAAAACCAUCACCGUGAUCCCAGGGCUGAAGACCAUCGUGGGGGCUCUGAUCCAGUCGGUGAAGAAGCUCUCGGACGUGAUGAUCCUCACCGUCUUCUGCCUGAGCGUCUUCGCCCUCAUCGGCCUCCAGCUCUUCAUGGGCAACCUGCGGCAGAAGUGCGUGCGGUGGCCUCCCUUCGACCAGCCCCUGCUGGAGCUGGGCAACGCCACCCUGCCCAACGCCACCCUGCCCAGCAGCCUGCCCAGCAGCCUGCCCACUGCCGGCACCACCAACCUCACCGACGACCUCGCCGCCAACUUCACCUCCAACUUCACCGCCAACAGCACCUUCGACUUCGAGGCCUACAUCAACGAUGAAGCCAACUUCUACUUUCUGGAGGGAGCUCUGGAUGCCCUGCUCUGUGGGAACAGCAGUGAUGCUGGGAAGUGCCCAGAAGGGUUCCAGUGCAUGAAGGCUGGGAGGAACCCCAACUAUGGCUACACCAGCUACGACACCUUCAGCUGGGCCUUCCUGGCCCUCUUCCGCCUCAUGACGCAGGACUUCUGGGAGAACCUCUUCCAGCUGACACUGCGAGCAGCAGGCAAGACCUACAUGAUCUUCUUCGUGGUGGUUAUAUUUCUUGGCUCCUUCUACCUCAUCAACCUCAUCCUGGCAGUAGUGGCCAUGGCUUAUGCAGAGCAGAAUGAUGCCACAAUGCUGGAGGAGCAGCAGAAGGAGGAGGAGUUCCAGCAGCUCAUGGAGCAGCUGAAGAAGCAGCAAGAGGAGCAAGAGAGGAUGUUGCAGGACAGGAGAUCCAGCAGCAGUUCCCUGCCCAGCAGCAGUUCCCUGCCCAGCAGCGUGGCUCCUGAGAAUGAGCACAACUCAGACCUCAACAGUGAGCAGGACAAGGCAAAGGACUGCAACGGGCAAGUGAUCCCCAAGAUCAAGCUGGAGAGGUCUGCUACCGUGAUCAAGUUCAACCCAACCCAUGAGGCAGAGAAAUCAGACCACAACCACCUCACUGUGGGCAAUCAAGAUGGGCCAGGCCUUGAGAACAGGGUGGGGAGUGCCAUCAGUGUCAUCUCCAACGCUGUGGAAGAGCUGGAGGAAGCUCACCAGAAGUGCCCACCCUGGUGGUACAGAUUUGCUCACACCUUCCUGGUCUGGAACUGCUGUGCCCCGUGGGUCAAGCUGAAAGAGUUUAUCAAGCUGGUGGUGAUGGACCCCUUCGUGGACCUGGGCAUCACCAUCUGCAUCGUGCUGAACACAGUCUUCAUGGCCAUGGAGCAUUACCCCAUGACGGAGGAGUUUGAGAACGUGCUGACCGUGGGCAACCUGGUCUUCACAGGGAUCUUCACAGCAGAGAUGGUCCUGAAGCUCAUUGCCCUGGACCCCUAUGAGUACUUCCAGCAGGGCUGGAAUGUCUUUGACAGCAUCAUCGUCACCCUCAGCCUGGUGGAGCUGGGGCUGGCCAACGUGCAAGGCCUCUCCGUGCUGCGCUCCUUCCGCCUGCUGAGGGUUUUCAAGCUGGCCAAGUCCUGGCCCACGCUCAACAUGCUGAUCAAGAUCAUCGGGAACUCGGUGGGGGCGCUGGGGAACCUCACCCUGGUGCUGGCCAUCAUCGUCUUCAUCUUCGCCGUGGUGGGGAUGCAGCUCUUCGGCAAGAGCUACCUGGACUGCGUCUGCAAGAUCUCAGCGGACUGCAGCCUGCCCCGCUGGCACAUGAACGACUUCUUCCACUCCUUCCUCAUCGUCUUCCGCAUCCUCUGCGGCGAGUGGAUCGAGACCAUGUGGGACUGCAUGGAGGUGGCCGGCCAGACCAUGUGCCUCAUCGUCUUCAUGAUGGUCAUGGUCAUCGGCAACCUGGUGGUGCUGAACCUGUUCUUGGCUCUGCUGCUGAGCUCCUUCAGCGCCGACAGCCUGGCGGCCUCGGACGACGACGGGGAGAUGAACAACCUGCAGAUCGCCAUCGGCAGGAUCAGCAGGGGCGUCGGCUUCCUCCAGGCCUCCCUGCUGGCGCUGCUCCGCGGGCAGGGCAGGGGCCGGCCGGGGGCCGCCGAGGAGGAGCGGGAGCCCGGCAAGAACGACGGCUCGGCGCUGAACCACCUGGACGGCGGCCCGGCGGCCAAGGCGGAGCGCCGGGACGGGGGCGCCGGCAAGGAGCAGCUCUUCAGGGACGAGCUGGACCACAUGAACUUCAUCCACAACCCCAACCUCACCCUGCAGGUGCCCAUCGCCUCCGAGGAGUCCGACCUCUACGAGGAGUCCGACCUCUACGAGGAGACCAGCGCCCAGUCCGACACCGAGGACACCAAGAAUCCCCUCUCCAGUGACAAUGCCUCCUCCCUGUGCAGCACCGUGGACUACAAACCCCCACAGCCGGAGGAGGAGGAGAUGGCACAGGAGGCUGAGGAGAGCAACGAGCCUGAGGAGUGCUUCACUGAAGGCUGUGUGAAGAGGUUCCCCUGCCUCCAUGUGGACAUCAGCAGCGAGAGGGGGAGGGUCUGGUGGACCCUGCGCCGCACCUGCUUCCGCAUCGUGGAGCACGACUGGUUCGAGACCUUCAUCGUCUUCAUGAUCCUCCUCAGCAGCGGGGCCCUGGCCUUUGAGGACAUCUACAUCGAGCAGCAGAAGGUGAUCCGCACCAUCCUGGAGUACGCCGACAAGGUCUUCUCCUACGUCUUCGUGCUGGAGAUGCUGCUCAAGUGGGUGGCCUAUGGCUUCAAGGUCUACUUCACCAACGCCUGGUGCUGGCUGGACUUCCUCAUUGUUGAUGUCUCCCUGAUCAGCCUGACAGCCAACUGGUUGGGGUACUCCGAGCUGGGAGCCAUCAAGUCCCUGCGGACCCUGCGGGCGCUGCGCCCCCUGCGCGCCCUCUCCAGAUUCGAAGGCAUGAGGGUGGUGGUGAACGCCUUGCUGGGUGCCAUCCCCUCCAUCAUGAACGUGCUGCUGGUGUGCCUGAUCUUCUGGCUGAUCUUCAGCAUCAUGGGGGUGAACCUGUUUGCAGGGAAGUACUACCGCUGCGUCAACACCACCACCGGCGAGCUCUUCCCCAUCAGCGAGGUCAACAACAAGAGCGACUGCAUGGCCCUGCUGCACACCAGCCAGGUCAGGUGGCUCAAUGUCAAGGUCAACUUCGACAACGUGGGCCUGGGAUACCUCUCCCUGCUGCAGGUGGCAACCUUCAAGGGCUGGAUGGACAUCAUGUAUGCAGCUGUGGACUCCCGGGAGAUUGAGGAGCAGCCCUCCUACGAGAUCAACCUCUACAUGUACAUCUACUUCGUCAUCUUCAUCAUCUUCGGCGCCUUCUUCACCCUGAACCUCUUCAUCGGGGUCAUCAUCGACAACUUCAACCAGCAGAAGAAAAAGUUUGGAGGCAAAGACAUCUUCAUGACAGAGGAGCAGAAGAAAUACUACAAUGCCAUGAAGAAGCUUGGCUCCAAGAAACCCCAGAAGCCCAUCCCCAGGCCCCAGAACAAGGUCCAAGGGAUGGUGUUCGACUUUGUCACCAAGCAAGUGUUUGACAUCACCAUCAUGAUCCUCAUCUGCCUGAACAUGGUGACCAUGAUGGUGGAAACAGAUGACCAGAGUGAGCUCAAGACAUCUGUCCUCUACAAGAUCAACUUGGUCUUCAUCGUCAUCUUCACCGGGGAGUGUGUGCUCAAGAUGUUUGCCCUGCGCCACUACUUCUUCACCGUCGGCUGGAACAUCUUCGACUUCGUGGUGGUCAUCCUCUCCAUCCUAGGUAUCGUCCUCUCGGACAUCAUCGAGAAGUACUUCGUGUCCCCCACGCUGUUCAGGGUGAUCCGGCUGGCCAGGAUCGGCCGCGUGCUGCGGCUGAUCCGCGGGGCCAAGGGCAUCCGCACGCUGCUCUUCGCCCUGAUGAUGUCCCUGCCUGCCCUGUUCAACAUCGGCCUGCUGCUCUUCCUGGUGAUGUUCAUCUACUCCAUCUUCGGCAUGUCCAACUUCGCCUACGUCAAGCACGAGGCCGGCAUCGACGACAUCUUCAACUUCGAGACCUUCGGCAACAGCAUGAUCUGCCUCUUCCAGAUCACCACCUCGGCCGGCUGGGACGGGCUGCUCAGCCCCAUCCUCAACAGCGGGCCCCCCGACUGCGACCCCCACCUGGAGCACCCCGGCAGCCCCCUGCGGGGCGACUGCGGCAACCCCUCGGUGGGCAUCUUCUUCUUCUGCAGCUACAUCAUCAUCUCCUUCCUGAUCGUGGUCAACAUGUACAUCGCCAUCAUCCUGGAGAACUUCAGCGUGGCCACGGAGGAGAGCGGCGAGCCCCUCUGCGAGGACGACUUCGAGAUGUUCUACGAGACCUGGGAGAAGUUCGACCCCGACGCCACCCAGUUCAUCGCCUACAGCACCCUCUCCGACUUCGUGGACACCCUGCAGGAGCCCCUCAAGAUCCCCAAGCCCAACAAGAUCAAGCUGAUCACCAUGGACCUCCCCAUGGUGGCCGGGGACAAGAUCCACUGCCUGGACAUCCUCUUCGCCCUGACGAAGGAGGUGCUGGGCGACUCGGGGGAGAUGGACGCCUUGAAGGCCACCAUGGAGGAGAAGUUCAUGGCGGCCAACCCUUCCAAGGUGUCCUACGAGCCCAUCACCACCACCCUGAAGAGGAAGCACGAGGAGGUCUGCGCCACCAAGAUCCAGAGGGCCUUCCGGAGGUACCUGCUGCGGCGCUCGGUGAAGCAGGCCUCCUACAUGUACCGGCACGGCGCGGCCGAGGACGCCCCCGGGGAGGGCGCCCCGGAGAAGGCGGGGCUGCUGGCCACCAAAAUGCAGCAGAUGUAUGGGAACAGCGGGGCAGGGGCGCAGGAGGCGGCCCCCGCCCUGGGCCUCACCCCCAUGCCCGGCUCAGAGACGCCGGAGCCAGGGACGAGGGAGCGCGUGGUCAAGGAGUCGCUGGUGUAA